AUCUCCUUGCGUUUUGCCAAAGAUAAUGAGCAGUGGAUAUUCUGCUGGCCUAUUUGGUAAAUUACUAUUGCUGGUCGUGAAUGGAUCAAGUUUUCAUUCAAGGUGCAUGUAUAAUUCUUUAGCUGAGCCAAGUGAGAUCCACAAUCCCUGCUAAAGAGAAUUCUGGUAGAAAAGGACUUGAAUUUGUCUCCUUUGCACUUUCUUGGCAAACAUAUGUUUAUAAAGUUCCUGCGGCUCGGGUUCAUGACUUCUACCCAAAUCUUCACCACUCAAACUACGUAAGGGUGCCUCGAUCCCCAAACUGCAGAUUCAUGUUUCCUAAGUAUCAAAUUUCUUAACAUAAUUGAGCCUACCAAAUCACCAAUAACAUUCUAGAUUUUAGAUUUCAUUGGUAUAAGUGGAGUAAGUUAGCUGCUUGGCAACCACUCCUCUCUGACGGUGUACAAGCACCUGAACUGGUUCCUAUAGCUAACCCAUUAACCAGAUCUCUUCUUUUCUUUCGUAUCUAUACAUAUAUAACUCCCAUUCCCCCAGGGAUUCUCGUACCAAGCUCCUAGUUUUAUCCAAGAAAAAUAAUUAACCUCUCUCUCUUUCUCCACUUACACUAAUUAAUUUCCCAUGGAAUUAGACAAGAGUGAUGACGCAACAAUCAGCAUCCAACAGCCAAAGACCGACUCUAAAGGGAAAGGCAUUGCUGGUGCUCCUGCCACUUUUGCUAAAGCAACCCAACAGCAGCCACGAGGAGGAUGGAAAAAGGGUGUAGCCAUUUUCGACUUCGUUCUGAGGCUGUGUGCCAUCGCAACAGGCUUAGCUGCUACUGGUAUUAUGGGCACUACUGAGCAGACUCUUCCAUUCUUCACUCAGUUCUUCCAGUUCCAUGCUGAGUAUAAUGAUCUUCCAACUUUCAUGUUUUUCGUGUUUGCAAAUGGCAUAGCUAGUGGAUACCUUGUACUUUCCUUGCCUUUCUCUAUAGUAUGCAUCGUCCGACCUCAUGCAGUAGGACCAAGGCUUCUCCUUAUUAUCUUCGACACGGUGGUGAUGGCUCUGACGAUAGCAGCUGCUUCUGCUGCUGCGGCCAUGGUUUACUUAGCUCAUAAUGGGAAUUCAAAUGCAAAUUGGAACGCAAUUUGUCAACAGUUUACUGAUUUCUGCCAGCAGACCAGUACUGCUGUAGUGGCUUCCUUCAUAACUUCAGCCAUGUUCCUGUUUCUCAUUGUGUUGUCUGCGUUUGCUCUCAGAAAUUAAUUAAUUAAUUAUCAUCAUAAUGCUCUUUCUUCCAUUUCCCAUAGGCUUCUGCAUGCCUUGCUUUUGUGUAAUCCUUGUUUGCUGUACUCUCUAAAUUUGGUGUGUUCAUAUAUAAAUCUUAUUUC